AUGGGGAGGCCCUGCCCGCUGGCAGCAGCCCCUUCGAGCGCUGCGCUGGCGGCCGAGGGGCCGGGAAGCGGCACCAAGAACCAGCGCGUGUGCCAUGUGGCGGUGCAGCUGGAGAUGGGCGGCCUGUGGCAGCAGUUCAACCGCCUGGGCACCGAGAUGAUCGUCACCAAGGCGGGCAGGAGGAUGUUCCCCACCUUCCAGGUGAAGCUCUCGGGRCUGGACCCGCUGGCUGAUUACGUCCUGCUGAUGGAUUUUGUCCCGUUGGAUGACAAGAGAUACAGAUACGCCUUCCACAGCUCGUCGUGGCUGGUGGCAGGCCGGGCCGACCCCGUGGCRCCUGGCCGCGUCCACUUCCACCCCGACUCACCCGCCAAGGGUGCCCAGUGGAUGCGGCAGAUCGUCUCCUUUGACAAGCUCAAGCUCACCAACAACCUCCUGGAUGACAAUGGCCAUAUCAUCCUCAACUCCAUGCACCGGUACCAGCCCCGCUUCCAUGUGGUCUUCGUGGACCCCCGGCGGGACAGCGAGCGCUUUGCCCAUGAGAACUUCAAGUCCUUCAGCUUCCCCGAAACGCAGUUCAUGGCAGUGACAGCCUACCAAAACCACCGGAUCACGCAGCUGAAGAUCGCCAGCAAUCCCUUUGCCAAGGGCUUCCGGGACUGUGAGCCGGAGGCCUGGUAAGUGUCCCCACGCCACCGCGAGGCUCCUGGGGCUCCCCGAAUGCAUGGCUGCAGCGGAGAGCAGGCACCGGCCAUCCCCCGCGAGCCGGCUCCGCUCCCCCAGACGGCUCUUGUGGCAGAGCUGCCCCCCUACCAGCCCCUUGGCUACCACAGUGUGUAUGUGGGGGCCAAGCCCCGCACUGUGCCCUACCCGCUGCCCACCCUGCAGCCGCCCACCUUCCACGCGCUCAACGGCUACGGGGCCACAGCAGCGUCUGCCUUCACCUACAGCCAGCAGUGA